AAUGGGGUGGGGCCGUCUGCGUGUUUCCGGAAGACGUGGCGGCUUUCUCCUGGGCUGUUUCCCGGCUUCGUUUUCUCGACUUUGCUUCACACCCUGGCAGCUCCGAGGAGCUAUCGACGCCGUCCUCACCCCUGCAGCCAUGAUCUCCUUAACGGACACCCAGAAAAUUGGAAUGGGAUUAACAGGAUUUGGAGUGUUUUUCCUGUUCUUUGGAAUGAUUCUCUUUUUUGACAAAGCACUACUGGCUAUUGGAAAUGUUUUAUUUGUGGCUGGCUUGGCUUUUGUAAUUGGUUUAGAAAGAACAUUCAGAUUCUUCUUCCAAAAACAUAAAAUGAAAGCUACAGGAUUUUUCCUGGGUGGUGUAUUUGUAGUCCUGAUUGGUUGGCCUUUGAUAGGCAUGAUCUUCGAAAUUUAUGGAUUCUUUCUCUUGUUCAGGGGCUUCUUUCCUGUGGUUGUUGGAUUUAUUAGAAGAGUGCCAGUCCUUGGAUCACUCUUGAAUUUACCUGGAAUUAGAUCAUUUGUAGAUAAAGUUGGAGAAAGCAACAAUAUGGUAUAACAACAAGUGAAUUGAAGACUCAUUUAAAAUAUUGUAUUAUUUAUAAAAUCCUUUGAAGAAUAUUCAGCACAAAAUUAAAUUACAUGAAAUAGCUCGUAAUGUUCCUUACAGAAGUUUAAAACGUAUAGCCUACAGAGUAGCAACAGCAGUUAACAAAGAAGCAGUGAAAACAGACUUCUAACCAAGUCAUCUAAGAAGUCAGCAAGCAAACUGAAGGAGAUGAAAUCUAUGUUACAAUGCACAUUGAAACGCUUGACGGGGAUUUUUACUGAUUUUCCACAAUGUGUGAAACACAGCCAUCCCUAGAGAACUGUAGUGCCUGUUUCUUUUCUUUUUAUUUUGAAGAUGCAAGCACACCCAUAGGCAUUUGCUUUUUAGAACUGUAAUGUCCUCUGCAACAGCGAAAAUAUUUCCAGUUGCGCUGUGUCUCUGAAAGUGAUGCAUGAGUUAGAUUGGAUUAUGUCAUCGUGAUAUAUUAAACCCAGGAAAACCCAGUGUCGAUGUAUGAAUCACUUUUUUCUUUUUUAUUUUUUUGUAAACGUAUGGUUAAAAUUAAACUUUUGUGGUUCUUCUGAAUCUUAACAUUUUAAAGCCAGAUGAAAAUCUGAACCAGAUAUUCUUUGUUGGAAUAUGCAAAGGUCAUUCUUUACUAGCUUGUAGUUUCUCAGUUAUAGCUGACUCAGCACUUUUUCUUUCAGGAGCACGUACUGGAAGUCCUCAUACUUCCUGGGACUCUCACAUGAGCACCUGUAUCUUUCAUGACAUGUAAGCAUUUAACAAAAAAAGCAUUCUUGGUGAUGAAGGAGUCUGUUACAUAGCUCAUUUCAUUGAAUAGUUUGUUAUUUAAUAUACUACAUGAUGCAACCCAAAUGGAUAUUUCCAUGUUGUGAUCCAGUUUUUCUUUUUCUUUUAUUUUUUAAAUUUUAGCGGUGACUUAUUAUUUUGCUUUUCAUAAAAUAACUACUGGUAAUAUUUACUUUAAGAUGUACCGUGCUGAAAGGUUAAACUUACAGCUGUUUUUUAAGGGCUGUUUACAUAAGCCAAGUUUUCCCUUAUUUUCAGCUUUUUCAUAACAUAAAAAUCAGUAUGCAUAAUGUGUGUUUCAUAUGAUCACUCUUCAUUUGAGUUCAUGGAGAGAAUAUCUGAGUUCACAUACUAAAUUAUUUUACUGUCAUUAAACUGGCUAUAGUUCUGAAAAACAUGACACU